GGCUUCGUGCUGGGCCAGCCGAUGGAGGACAUCCAUGACACGUACGAGAUCGGCAAGGAGCUGGGCCGCGGCCAGUUCGGCGUAACCUACCUCGCCACCCGCAGGGACACCGGGGAGCAGUUCGCCUGCAAGACCAUCGCCAAGCGCAAGCUCAUCGACGUGGAGGACAUCGAGGACGUGCGGCGGGAGGUGGUGAUCAUGCGCCACCUCUCCGGCCAGUCUGGCUACAUCGUGGAGCUGAAGGGCGCCUACGAGGACAAGCAUUCGGUGCACCUCGUCAUGGAGCUGUGCGCCGGCGGCGAGCUCUUCGACCGCAUCAUCGCCAGGGGGCACUACACCGAGCGGGCGGCGGCGGCGCUUAUAAGGACCAUCGUGCAGAUUGUGCAGACCUGCCACUCGAUGGGGGUGAUGCACAGGGACCUCAAGCCGGAGAACUUCCUCUUGUUGAACCAGGACGAGGAUGCCCCGCUCAAGGCCACCGACUUCGGCCUCUCUGUCUUCUUCAAGGAAGGAGAGGUAUUCAGAGACAUAGUUGGCAGCGCAUAUUACAUCGCACCUGAAGUCUUAAAGCGAAGAUACAGCCAAAAAGCUGAUAUUUGGAGCACUGGGGUGAUGCUUUAUAUUUUCCUCAGUGGAUCUCCUCCCUUCUGGGCUGAGACAGAACGAGGGAUCUUCAAUGCCAUUCUGCGAGGAGACAUUGAUUUUGCAUGCGAUCCGUGGCCCAACAUCUCGUCUGGUGCAAAAGAUCUUGUGAGGAAGAUGCUAAUGUCAGAUCCGAAGAAGAGAUUAACAGCUAUGGAAGUUCUAAACCAUCCUUGGAUCAAGGAAGACGGAGAUGCACCUGAUACUCCACUCGAUAUCAAUGUUCUGAAUAGGUUAAAACAAUUCCGAGCGAUGAACAAGUUCAAGAAAGCCGCAUUGAAGGUAAUAGCCGGCUGUCUAUCAGAGGAAGAGAUAAGUGAACUGAGUGAGAUGUUCAAGAGUAUGGACUCUGACAAUAGCGGAUCGAUAACACUAGAAGAAUUGAGGAAAGGUCUUGCCGAUCAAGGAGCAAAGCUCUCAGAGAGAGAACUCACAUUGUUGAUGGAAGCUGCUGAUGCGGAUGGAAAUGGAACUAUCGAUUAUGAAGAAUUCAUCACUGCAACUAUUCACAUGAACCGGAUGGACAGAGAAGAGCAUCUCUACACAGCAUUUCAAUUCUUCGAUAAAGAUAAUAGCGGUUUCAUUACAAAGGAAGAACUCGAGCAGGCACUGAAAGAGAAGGGAAUGUACGAUGGGAAGGAAAUCAAGGAUAUUAUUUCUGAAGCUGAUUCAGACAAUGAUGGAAGAAUUAACUACGACGAGUUCGUGGCCAUGAUGAAAAAGGAAAACUCUGAACGUCAACCGAAGUCAAGGAGGAGAAGUGGAGCUUAUGUUUGAUUUGAGG